AUGGGCAAGCUCCAGGAUGUCACUCGCCUGCUCAUGGCAGCUGGAGGCUCUCCCUCUCCCGAUGGGAAAGUCACUCACCUUUUGCGCGAGAAGGACAACUGUCUCUAUAUGGAGACGUGGACUGGGCCUGAGCUUACUGACAAAGUGAGAGUUGCUGAGGAUGUCAGAAGCGGCACCUAUGCACCGCUCAUUUCCUUGCUGUACAAGAGAGUCUUCACCGUUGACAAAUCUAACAAGCUCAGAUGCUUCACCGAGACAUUGAGGGCUGAGGAUGAAGAUGAAGACGAAGACGAAGACGAAGAUGGCUGGGAAGAAGAACCGUUGGACGAUGUAGAUGUCGAACUUCAUCCGCAAAGCUGCAUUGCCGUCUCUUGCGCCGACGAAGCAAUCAUCGUCCUUUAUCAACAGCCAGACGGCUCGCUCGGCGCUAUUGAAGAUGACGGCGACUUUUGGAAGGUGGCGGGGCUUCCUUUCUGCAUGGCCUUCCCCGGAUCUCCAUUGGCUUGCCUACGAGUCGAAGAGGCUUCGUACUUUGUUUAUGCUGGCACUGAGGGCACUCUCCGGUAUUUGGAGCAUGGCGCAGAUGGAUGGAAAGAUGCCCCCUUCUCGAAGGUAAAGAUUGAUGCAGCGAAGUCCAAGCUCUUCGCUGCCAACGAUGAGAAGUCUAGCAGCGGCCCCAAGCUUAUGGUUUUCUGCCUCGCAGAUAACAAAUUAACCGCUAUCAGACAGGAAAGCGACGAGGCGGAGGCCUUGGGCGCAGUCCACAAGGGAGAAUUCAAGCCAGCCUCUGACCAGGAGAAUGCCAGUGAAUGCAACGCCAACUUAUCGCCCUGGGUACAUGCUCCUGUGGAGAAAAUUCUAGAAGGGUUGGAUGAGCUUUACGCCGAGUCGCUUUAUCAGCGAUAUCCCCCAGGCCCUUACACUCCAUAUGCCUACCCGCCUCCUCAGCAACCCUUUUACCAAUAUCCUCCUUAUGGACGUCAAGGAAACCCGACAGCUCAGCAACAAUGGCCCCCCUACAGCGAAGUCCCUUUUCAACCUGCCCCCCAACCAGAUGGUCAAACCACUACGCGCCCAUCUCGCCAAGGGACCCAAAACCCUCCCCCGCAGCAAGAGAUUCCCUACGCCCACACCCCUUAUCACCCUCCUGCUCGGCCAAAUCAGCAACACACUCAACCCCCUCGCCAAGGUGCUCGCCCCCAGCAACAUGCACCACAACCCACUGUCGAGGAUUUAGAUGAGUCACUAGAAGAGCCUACUGAAGAGCAAGACGAAGAGGUUAAUGAGUAUGAGGAGGAGCCGGUUGCUCCACCUCGAUCAGCUCCAAGGAAUGCUCAGCGACCUGCUCAGCAGCGGCCUUCUCAACAGCAACCUCCUCGUCAUCCAAAGGCUCGACAGCAGCCUCCCCGCCAGCCAGCUACUGAGUAUGUUGAGGAGCCAGAAGAAGAACCCAUUGAAGAAGAACCUGUUGAAGAAGAACCUGUUGAGGAAGAAGAAGAAGCUGUUGAGGAAGAGCCCGUUGAAGAAGAGGCCUUUGAAGAGGAGCCCAUUGAAGAAGAGCCGCUGGAAGAAGAGCCCGUUGAAGAAGAGCCCUUUGAAGACGCUCCUCAGCCUACCGUCAGAUCCACUCAGAAAUCUGCUGCGAAGAAUUCUCAACAGCCUGUUCGACAACAACAACGACGACAGCAGCAGCAGCAACCCGGGCAACGACAGCCACCUCAACAGCAAACCGCUCGCCAACAGCCCCCUCGUCAACGAGGUGUUGCCCAAUUCAAUGAUGACUUCAACGAAGAAUCUCAUGAAGAAUUUGUUGAAGAGCCAGUCGAGGAACCUUUUGAGGAGCCUUUUGAGGAGCCUUUUGAGGAAUACACCACUUCGCGGCCUGCUCAAUCCGCUCAGCAACCCGCAUCAAGGAACGCUCAAGGUCCUCUUCAACAACAACAAUCCCGUCGAGGACAACCUCUUCGCCAGCAACCUGCCCCCAUUCGCCAGAAUGUGCCACUCCGUCAACCAGCUCGCCGGGCCCGUGUCGAGUCUGUUGAUGAGCCCUUUGAGGAGCCCUUUGAAGAGCCUUUUGAGGAAGAGCCCUUGGAUGGACCUCCUCCUUUCAUACAUGUUCUAGCCGCCCAGCCACCUGCCCCAGGAAUUGCUCCAAGACCGGCUGCAAGACAGAGCAAUCUCCAGCCGCAUUCCCCUCGCCAGCAGACCCCUCAUACACCAACUGCUCGACGGCAGCCCCUUCAGCGGGAACCUGUUCGUCCGCAAACCCCUCGACAAUCUCCUCGUCAGCCAGCCGCUCGACGACAACCCCUCCCACAUCAAGUCCCUCGUCGACAGACUCCUAUUCCUGAUCAAUUCCAAGUUCCCCAUCGAUCUGCCUCGAGAACUUCGCAACGCCACCAAUACCAGCCUCAACGGGCGGAGGGAGCUUUCUAUGUGACUCCUCCGCAAACCCCCCUCCAAGAACCCCAAUACCGACGGAUGAAUGAGUACCCGGAUCAAUGGCAGAAUCCUUACCCUCCCCAACUCGACCCAAGAUAUGCCGCCCAGCAGAUGCCCUACCCAUCGACCCCCCUCCAACAAGGCCCCUUUCACCCCCCUUUCCGACCUCAAUCUGAACCUACCGUUGAUCACCAUUCUAUCCAUCAUUCGCAUCGCCCAGCGCAUCGCCCAGUUCAUCAUUACGCACAUACAACUACUUCUCAUGUUCACGUCCACAGUCAUUGUUCUUCUCAUUCAAGCCAUCACUGCAAUUGCAGUUCUCACCACAAGGCCCCAGGAGUAAGGGUCCGCAUGCUCAACUAUCUGUUUGGGAAUCGAUGCAGAUACUGUUAUCGUCGCUACAAGAGGGUCAAGAGCAUCCAUAGACAUAUCCGUGAAAAUGUCGUGUACGAGCACCACAAGGCCUGUCGCUGCUGA